AGGUGGCAGUGGCAAUCCACCGGCCCCGCCGCCGCCAUGCCGCGCCCGGGGCUGAGAGGAAGAGGCGGGGAGGCCACGGGUUUCGCUUCCGGGCCGGCAUUUUCCCUGAUUUCAAGGCGGGAAAUGGCGGCUGGCGCGGCGCCGCCGUUGUUGCCGCCGCCGGGGGAGGCGGGCGCGGGGCCGCCGCCCAGCCCGGCCGUCGCUGCCCGUCGGGACCCGCGGGUGCCGUGCUGCUCGCGGCGCGGCCUGAGCGAGGUGAUGGCGCUCUGCGCGCCCUUCGUGCGGGCCCUGGCCCAGGGGCAGCCGGGCGGACCCGCCGCUGCGGGCGACGCGCUCUGGAACUUCGAAACAGCGAUGCGGGAGAACGUCACCAUUAAUGGGCAGCCCUGGGAGGAGACUUCGGACGACUCGGAGCUGCAGAGUGGCUCCAGUAUUAAAAUUCUUGAAGAUCAAUUUGAUGAACUAAUAGUAGAGACAACAACAAAGCGUAAACAGUGGCCUAAAAAGAUACUGAUGCAUGCUAUCCAAGCCAUGAAAGCAGAGCAAGAGAUGUUGAAGCUCUACCAGCCUGUUGUAACACCAGAAGAGAUAAGAUCACAGCCUUCUCAAGAUGCUUACAUCACACAUCUGAAGCAGGUGACAGAAAUGGCAUCCAAACAGAUCAGUGGAGCAAUGAAGUCUCUCCCAGCGCUAAUAGAAAGAGCAGAAGGUUUUUCCCAAGCAUUAACUUGGCAACCAACCUUGGAACUCUGCAAGCUGCGGCAAGAAGUCUUUGCUGGUUGCAAGGCAAAGGAGGAAAAUAACGUCCAAAAUUUCGUGUCACCAGGAGAAGUCACACCAACAGAUGCUGAUACCAGCAACAAUCCUUAUGUUUUGCUAAAAAGAAAAAAACCUGCAAGUUCACCAGAAAGAAGACGCUACCCGCUUCGACGGAGGAAAAUCACUCUCAGCACGUGAAUUUCUCAUUCAGUAUUUUCAGAUUGGAAACUCAGUUGUACUCUUAUUCAGUGUGCUCAGUUGUCUUAAACCUUUGACUCCCCUCCAAUUCAGUGCUAUACGUGGGAGCUUUCUUAAUUAUUUAGUCUUUGAUCCUUUUAAAUAUUUAUAUUUUUACUGUUACAGUGAUGGGUAUACGAAAGCCUACGCGUACCAGUAGCAUCUGAUAUCCAACAAGUGUAUUUGCCAAUUAACUCUCAUUUUUUCGCUCUUUUAUUACAGCAUUUAGCUUGAGUCUUCAUGCUUCUCAGUUGUGCACAUGCUUUAUGUAUGCGGGCAGUCUUUCAGUAAAGCACUAAGCGCUCAUUUACGUUAAGCAUGUCUCUAAAGAGGUUGGAGAACAUCUAAUUCUCCUAAUGCACCUUCAUUUAUUACUGAGUCGGGUGGCUGGGUUUUUUAAUAAAUAAAUUAAAAAGAAAUUCACACUGGAGCAUAUUGGAAACACCAGAUUUGAUAUGAUGUUACAAGUUUUAGAAAAUUCACACACAAAUGUGACAUUGGUCCCUGCUAUUCCACCUUUCUUGAAUUUAUGUCAGCUGGGCUUAUUUAUAGUCAUGUUUGUUUAAACUUGGAAUUUUAGUAACUGUAUGUAUUUACCUACAAUGUGCUCUUCUGAACAAGGAUGCAACCAUCCACAUCCUACCAUCUGAUAUUUCGUUUCAUGUAAUCCAAUUAUGAAGUCUGGGGGUUUCCUGGGCAAUAUUUCUACACAUUACAGGAUCUUGACUUGGGUCAUGCAUGUGUUUGUGAUGUUUGACUAAACUUUAAAGAUCAGUAUAGGCUACCAGUAAAUGGUGUUAAGUUGAGCUAGCUUACUUUUUUUCUUUACAGACUAGUACCUGGAGGAUUGCACAGCAGUAAUAAAUUGAGCAUUGUGCCUUAACCAUUCAUAACUUUUUUUGGUUUAUGAUUGCAUGUGCUUGCAGUAAAUACUCAUGUCUAAUAUGUAGUGUAUUUCUCACACAGUAAAUGGAAGGGUUUUUUAGAAGCUUUAUUAAUGAAAUGUACUGUGGUAAGAAGAUAGGUCCAACUUAAUGUCUAAGAGACUGAAAAUUUUCAGGAAAACAUGACAGAUUUUAGCAUCGUUUAUUUUGUAAAGGUGAGCAUCUAUACUGAGACUUUGUAUAUUUAAUCAUAUGUAAAUAUUUGUUUCCCAUUGCUCUUGUAUAUACAAAUGUGUGUUUUUAUACAAAGUAAAUUAAAUCAAUUAAGGGAGAUCAAAGUUUCAGAUAAUGUUGUCAGUUCUAAUCCUGGAAUAGACGGUGACUGAGCAGUGAGUGUACUUCAGAAGACAUCUGUGUUAAAUUUUGGCUCCAGUAACUGAAGUAGUUCCAUUUACUGCCUUUGAACUCACAACUGUUAUUAAUCUCAGGGCUACAAAGCAUCUAAUGUAAGAGAGGACAGGAUGUGAGAGGGACUGGAGCUGUGAAGCUGUGGAACGUGUGACUGGGACGGUUUUUCACACAGCCACUUGCUAUUCUAGCUGCUUUGAGUACGCCUGCUCCAUGCUGCACUGAAAAUCCCCACUGUGGCUUUUUUCCCCAACAUCCACAGAUGGUCUGUAAUCUGAGUGUUCCUAGACUAAGAUGAGCCCUGCAAGAUUUUGCAUGGCUACCACUAUAGUAUUUGAAUGUUUUCUAUGUUAAGAGGAAGAUACCCUGCUCUUCUCUGCGAAUAAUGACAGGCAAGUACAGAAAACAGCUAGGAAUAGGCACUUCUCUCAAGAGGUCCCAUCAAAACUGGCCAAGGUAGGACAAAUGCCUUAAGAAAUAAGGAGGGAGAGCACUGUGAAUUAAGACUUAAUAAGCGAAUUAAUGAAUUCACCCUACGGCACAUGUUGGUGUUAAGAGAUCGCAGGACAGUUGGUCCGCGCGGGAUUUGAAGGAAGAGGGAGUGCAUGCCCUGUGCUAGAGCAGUCGGGCCUUGUUCCGUGGCCCUUGUUUCAACCACAGCUGGCUGGGAAAAAAAAUGCAUCUGGAAAUGCUGGCCAAAUAAAUAGUGUAAAAGAGGAUAAAGAAAACUAUGAAUAAAGAUUCCAAGUGCAAUGUAGAAACUAUGAAUUUACAAAUCUCUGGUCGCCACUUUCAGCCAAGCAGCAAUGGAAGGUGUCGGAGGACCUCUCUUUAAAAGUUCUGCGAUGAGCUCAACUCAACACUUGAAUGUUCAGCUGUUUUUCAAAUGAUUAUUAAAAAUUCCUGGAGCAAGUGAUACCUGCCACUAGCUAUGCCUGAGAUCUGUUCUUCCUACUGGCAGAAAUACAUAAAAUACUUCAUUUUUUUCCCCCAUUCCAGUAGACUUUUGUCCUUCAGUUAACUUUUCAUAGAAAUCAGCAGUGUUGUGCAAGACAAGUGUCUAACCAGGCUUCUACUGAAAUGUCACAACAUCCAAACUUCUUAUUUUUAACUUGGGGGGGAAUUGGUAUUGCAUCAAGAAAUGUCUGGUAGUUUUUCUUUAUAUAGCCUUUGAAUUUUGUAAGACAGCUCAAUGGUGAUGGAUGCUUGGGAACAUUUGCAAACCGAGUUUGAAUUUCUUGGCUUUUCGGGGUGAGAUGGAACAUCUCGCUGUUUGUUAGCGUGUACUGUCAGCCGUGUGCGUAUCGCUCAUGAGGGUGGGCCAUCCCAUCGCAAGAAAAACUUGCAAAUGGGAGCAGUGUCCACGCACGCUUUUGCUGUGUGUAGUUUCUGAACAAAGGGGAUUACAAACAGCGUGCGGGAAAUCUUCACGUGGGCACUGACCUCUGUUUGGAAGCUUGGGCGCACUGGUGCUCUGAAACCCGGUUCUGAUACGAGUUGUUCUUCAGAAGAGCUGUGCUAAGCUGUGUUCAGUGCCUCUAGUCUGCGUGUGUGUAGGCUGCUUCAGUGCAGACAAAAAUCACUGAUAAACUGCCGUUAUAAAACAUAAACCCAGCUGACUAGACUGCUUUCUGGGCUUGUUUUCUCUCCUGCAUAGAAACGCUCUGCCUCUACUGCUGCGUUACCUGGAAUUACUGUGUAGGCAUUUCUUCAGAUGUACCAGAGAUAGCUUUAAUACUAAGCAGAAACUUGUUCCUACAAGCAAAUUUUGACUUUUCAUUUCCUUUGCCACUUUGAACAAGAGCAGACUGUACUCAGGCUCGAGGGGACCGUCCCGUGACUUGUCCCAUACUUGUGGGAUCCUGGAAACCUUACUCUGCAGCUGCCGGGAGUUAUUCAAUGACGUAGAUAUUUUUUUCAGUACUAAAAAAUUCUUGGUAAGCUGCUCAGGAC